UGUGAGGUUCAGGAUGGCACCAAAGCCACAGAGAACACCACUCACCAGCUGCAAGUCUAUGAGACUUUGUAAAUCCCCCAAAUGAAAAUGUGUAGACACUGAAUGUACAGUCAAGAGCCCUCAUAUUCUCUGAUGAGAAAAUGUUUAUUUGGCUGGUUGCCAAGUGGAAAAUGCAGGUUUGGGGAACAUGGGAUCAAAUAUGGGCUUAGAUGCUGUGCUAUUUCUGCUAGUUUUCCUUAAUCAUCUCAGCAAUGUGACAGAACUGACAGAUCUACUCAGGGCAAGAAAGUCACUUGAUCUUGGAGACAAGGAUGCUGAUGACAUUGUAAGCUUCUUUCCAGACUUGGUGUGGACUAUAAGAGAUUUCUACCUAAGCCUGGAAAUAGACGGACAACUCAUGACAGCAGAUGAAUACCUGGAGAAUUCACUAAAGAUAAAGAAAGGUAGUGAUCAAAGAACACAAACUUUCAAUUUGCCCCGGUUGUGUAUUCAAAAGUUCUUUCCAACAAAGAAGUGCUUUGUCUUUGACACACCCACUCACCAGAAGAAGGUCUCCCAGCUAGAGACACUGCAGGAUGAUGAGCUGAGUCUUGAAUUUGUGCAACAAGUGGCAGAAUUCUCUUCCCACRUCUUUACCAAGUCCAAGAUCAAGAUUCUUCCAGGAGGCAUCAAGGUCAAUGGCCCUCGUCUGGAGAGCCUGGUGCUGACCUAUGUCAACGCUAUCAACAAUGGAGAUCUGCCCUGCAUGGACAACGCAGUCCUGGCCCUGGCCCAGAGAGAGAAUGCAGCUGCAAUAAAAAGGGCACUUGCCCACUAUGACCAGCUGAUGGGCCAGAAGGUGCAGCUGCCCACAGAUACCCUCCAGGAGCUGCUGGGCCUGCACAGGGCCAGUGAGAGAGAGGCCAUAAAAAUCUUCACAGAGAACUCUUUCAAGGAUGAGGACCAAAGUUUCCAGAAAGAAUUAAAGACCCUACUAGAUGCAAAGCAGAAUGACAUUUGUAAACAGAACGAAGAAGUCUCUUCAGAUCGUUGCUCAGCUUUGCUUCAGGAUAUUUUUGGUCCUCUGGAAGAAGCAGUGAAGCAGGGGGUUUAUUCUAAGCCAGGAGGCCAUACUCUCUACCUUCAGAAGACAGAGGAGCUGAAGGCAAAGUACCAUCAGCAGCCCAGGAAAGGAAUACAGGCUAAGAACGCUCUGCAAAAGUAUUUAAAGUCCAAAGAGUCUGUGAGUAAAGCUGUUCUACAGACAGACCAGGCUCUCACAGCCAAGGAAAAGGAGAUGAAAGAGGCACGUAUAAAAGCAGAGGCUGCCAAGGCUGAAGCAGAAAGGCUGGAGGCAAUUCGUAGGCAGAAACAGAAAAUGAUGGAGGAGAGGGAGAGACUCCAUCGGCAGCAAAUAAGACAAAUGGAGAUAGAUAAAGCAAACUUUCAGGCACAGCAACAGAGGGAACAGGAACGUCGACUCCAGGAAGAAGCCCAGAGGCUCAAUUUGAUCCAUCAAGCUCAAAUUGCAAGAUUUCAAGCUCAGAUCCAGCAGCUCCAAAGCACAAGGCCUCAGCCACAACCUGAUCCGUGUUUGAUACUCUAAAAUGCUAAACAUUAAAGCUUCCUUUUCUUAUUUCUUCUCACUGAAGACACAAAGGAACAAGAAACUAAAGAACUUGGGACAAUCAACAUUUAAAUGCCUAGUCUUCUGUCUAGUCUUCCAAUUUGUCUCUAGGUAUUGCAAGUUACCCAGGUGUCUAGUUAUUGCAAAUUACUACAUGGGCUCAGUCAAAUGGAAAGGUACCCUGGUCUGGGGUCAGUAUGGCUUCACUUCUGCUGCUGGUCACAUGCUGGAUACCAUCAGAGGGAGGCACCAGUGGUAAAGUAGGAACAAUCUGCAGUUCUCACCUGGGUGGAGACUGCUAUUCUAUGGGCAAUGGUACAAAUCAUCAGCACUGUCAGUUCACCUUCUACAAAGAGAAAUCCCAAGCUGAAAGAAAAUAAUGUUAUCAUGAAAGGGAAAUCUUUAGAGGAUGAAAAGAAAUACUACUGUGGAAAUUGUGUCAUAGGCUUAAGGACUAAAGAAAAAGCCUUUUCCUUUUACUCAUCCUCAAUAAGUCAUGACUUGGAGCAUGUUAUAAUAGGUAACAACUUAUUUGUGACUUGAUAUUUUUGUGUUACAUUUUUAUAAUCCUUUAGUUUGUAAAUAGGAGGCAUAAGUAAUAAUGUGUAAUUAGCCAAAAUUAUAAUGGUGCUCAUUUAAUUUUAUACUUGGUAUAAUGCUAAAGUUAAAUCAUCAUACCAUAUGAGAGCCUGCUGGCAUUUUUUAAAAAGUAUUAAUUGUAUGGGCUGGGGUUGUGGCUCAGCAAUAGAGUGCUCGCCUAGCAUGU